AUGGCUACGACGUGGAGAUUACUGCGACCAAUACUCUCGCAGAAGAGUGCAUCAUCAGCUCAGUUCUCCGCACUCCGAUUUGCAUCAUCAAAUGCAAAGAGAGAUGCUCAACUGGACCAAUACGGGCCUCUACCAACUGCAGACCCAUUCCUACCAGACCCACUGAAACAACCUGCCUCUGACUUAUGGCCAACUGAAAAAGACUUGGCUGCCACACCCGCUGCAUCACAAUCCACUCUCCCUCCACACCCAACAUCAUCUCCCGACUUCCCCUUCUUCCAACACCCACUCUACAUCCCCCUAGCCCAACCAAAAACAGGUCUAGGCACCAUAAUCCCUCCUCUCAAAUGGCCCGUAUACGACCAAUCCGUGCUAUCUGCACAGCAAUCAAACCUGCCAUCUCCUCCACGAUGGUGGUAUAGCGAAUUCGGGAAUCGCGAAAUGGAUCCUAUAGGUGAUUAUCCACGAGAUGUGCCCAUGCAGUGGACCCAGUUGAGAGAUCCAUACAAGUAUUGGGAUCAGCAGGGACGGAGAGAGUAUGGUGAAAUCAUGUAUGAUCACGAUAAUUAUACAGAUUUCUUGGGUAUUGGACCUGAAGUCCAUUGGUGGGUACCGUUUAUGGGUAUGAUGAAGGCAUUUGGGUUUAUUGGGUUGGUGGCCUUUGGUGUCGCGUGGUAUGAUCCUUCGGCUCAUAUGCUCUUUACGGAUCGAGACUACCCACAUGAUGGUCUAAGAGUCGAAUUGGGUGGAAAUCCAGAGGAGCAUGAUGAUAAUUGGAUGGCUGCUAGGAAACUAUAA